AUACCACACAAGACAUGGAACAUAUGAACAACUAUAAUUUUGAAGGUGCGCGACUUAUAAUAAGCCAUUGAUUUUUUUCGUGGUUGUGUUGUUAAACGAGUUAACUGUGUGAUUUUUCGAUGAAAAAGAAAUGUUUUUGACAAUCACAUCUUUCUAGUGGCUUUUUCUCCAGUGAAUGACUAUCGUAGUGAAAUUUUCGAGACAAAGAAUGAUUUGAGAAAAUUCAUAUUCGUGUUGCACAAUCAACAGGUGUGCCGUGUAACAAUACUAUAUGAUACUGUGAAAAUUGUGAUCGUGCGUUCGAUGUAUACAACGUACAAGUGCUGAAAAGUGUUAUGAAACAAUAAAAUUAAAAUUAAAAUCAACUGUAUCUCCAUUGUCAAACGCAUAAAUCGCGUGCAUUUGUCUAUUAGCACAGGAAAUUGCUUGGCUUUGAUUGUAGUAUUAUGUGGGCUCAGUGAGCUAGCUCUCAACAAAUAUUACAUUAUUUAUAAAAAACUUGUGACCUUGUCGAACCAUACAUUGAUUCAAUCGAUAUUAAUGUUAAAACCAACUAAUUCUCUGUCUCGCCUCGCAUAAAUUAAAUAGUUUUCAAUUUGUGGAAUUUGUCAACUUUAACAUUUAAAGUGCAUCGCUAACGCAAUAUCCGAUUAAGUUCUAUCGACAACAUGCCGCGAAAAUUGUUGAAGUUUCUGAUUUUGUUCGAUAAUACCUCGUUGUUGUACUUUCCUGGCCAAUUUCUAUCCGGUCGCGUUCUACUGGAACUACAGGAUGAUACUCCAGCACUGGGUCUUCAUUUUCAUGUCGUUGGCGAAGGUGUCGUCCGGUUGCGAUCCGUAACUUAUGAUAAAGAGAAUUUUAUCGAUUUUCGAAUGAAAUUGCUCGGCGACAACGAUCAGGGACCGUCGGUACUAUCGCCAGGAAUUCACAGUUUCCCAUUCAAACUGGGUCUUCCGCUGGGGUUGCCGUCAACAUUUUUAGGGCGAUAUGGUUGGAUUCAAUAUUAUUGUAAGGCAGCUCUGCGUGAACCGUCCGGUCUGAUUCAUAAAAAUCAUCAGGUGUUCAUCGUUAUGAGUCCAAUCGAUUUGAAUUUGGAACAAUCCGUACUGGCGCAACCCUUCAAGUGUGACGUCGAACAUCGACUUGGUAUGGCCUGUGUUGGCGGUGGUGUUGUCAAAUGUAAGGUAGCACUAGAUAGAGGUGGAUACGUUCCUGGUGAAAGCAUAUCAGUCAGUGCCCAUGUAGCGAACGGUAGCAAUGUAACGAUAAAGAGCACUAAGGCUGCCCUAACCGAAACGAUCCAGUACCUCGCCCGGGGAAAAGUUAUCCAUGUCGAAAAACGUGAAUUGGCUGUUAUUGCACGAGGUAAAAUUCGAUCUGGCGGCCAUGAUGAAUGGCAAAACGAAACGUUGUACGUUCCACCUUUGCCGCCAACUAAUCUGCGAGGAUGCCAUUUAAUCAAAAUACAAUACGAUGUGUUCUUUACCAUUGAACCGAAAUCUAUUGAAAAACAAAUAAAGCUUCAACUGCCCAUUAUGUUAGCCACAUAUCCGUUCCGGAAUGCAAAUUCUGACAUUACAAAUACCUGGCCAGAGUCAGUACUUAAACCGGAAACACAUUAUCCUUCAACAUUGCCCAUAUUUCGGUCUGACUUACAUGAUAGCACCGAGCAUAGCUGAAAUAAAAGACAACUGUUGGUUGAAGGCGAUAACAUUAAAAUGUGGUGCUCGGAAAAUUAGUUUUGGUCUUCGGAUAUUGUCGAACCCAGAAAUAAAACACAAACAUUUACGUUUCCAAAUACGUAAAUAUAAAAAAAAAUAAAAAAAAAUAUGUAACCAGUGUGGAGCAGAAUGAAUCUUUCCACAUAUAUAUACACAUAAUCCAGUCAAGGUCAUUGAACACAACAGUGCCACAAGACAAAUGUUUUUGUUAACGUAAAAUAUUGAUAACCUAGAUAAUGUAACCAUAAGAACCAAUGUGCCUAAUAUUUUGUUCUAUUAAAAUUGCCAUAAAACAUCGUA